AUGUCAACUCCCCCAUCCACUCCUAUCCGCCGCGCAGCGACGAAACAAUGUGAAGUCUGCCAAGCUACAUUCACACGAAAAACACAUCUCAAUCGCCAUAUGCGCUCUCAUACGAAUGAUCGCUCUCAUAAGUGCAAGUUAUGCAAUUCUCAAUUCACCCGCAGUGAUCUCUUAACGCGGCACAAAAAGAUAUGCGGCGGGUUUCGGUCACGCAGAAAGUCCUGCCAAGCAUGCGCAAAAGCCAAAUCACGAUGCGACUUGCAAACACCGUCGUGUUCCAAGUGCAUAUCUCGCGGUAUAGAGUGUGAAUACGUUACUGGACCUGCGGCACGGAAGGUCCCAGAUAGCGCCUCACCGGCGCCUGGGAUCCCGAACUGCACAAUUUUCCCGUUUCCCCCCUCCAAUACCAAAAGCCCUUUUGAUUUCGAUGCAGACAUCAUACGAAGGCCUUCAUCAUCCUCUGAUUCUUCAUCAAGUUUGUUUGGGACGGACUGUGAUAGUUCAUCGGUUUGCUCAUCACCAGCCGAUAUGUGGCCGACAGCCGCGGGUUUACCUGAUUUCGCGGGUCAAGAUCCGUCGCUUACAAAUAUAAUGGACACAAGCGCACUUUUCGACAUCCCCUUCACCAAUAUGCACCUGAAUUCUGAGUGCGCGGCAGGAAUUGAUGGCUUGAGCGCAUCAGAAUGGGACAGCCUUUACGAAGAACUCUCUACCUGUGGUGAAUAUUACAAACCUGGCUGGCCAGUCGAGGUUGCUAGCUGUCCACCUCCCCAUAUUCCGCAAUCUUCGUACCCAUUUUCUGAUAAAACAUGGCAUAGUGGUGUAUUGCCACAAAUGAACGUACCUCCCCUUACCGCCGCUCAGCUCCCCUUCUUACAAUGUACUCCUCUGGCCAACCCUGAUACUGUCAGAACCAUCCCAACGUCUACCCGUUCUCCGCAUAGUCAUGAACCUCGCUCACCCAAGGUAGACAACUCGCUGCUCGAUAACUUUCAGCAUCUGUUUCUUACAGACUUCCUUACGCAACUUCCUAUACUUCACAUACCCUCCUGGAAUGCCAACGAUAAGCCGGAUGUUUUGAUCAAAGCAAUGCAAGCUUGCGGGGCGCUCUACGCUAGAACCAUAGAAUCAGAAAAAUUUAUCACCGAAGUUUUAAAGAGCGGCCGAGAAGAAAUAAUCAUGGACUUUGUUCGACAAACAGACCCGAUGCAACAAACAUAUCUGAUUCUUGCUCUCGUUUUGAUCCAGUCGAUUGGUCUAUUUCAUCAAUCGGCUGAACAGCGCCGGUCGUCCGCAAUAUAUCAUGCUAUAAUCGCUCCAAUGGUUAAUCGAAGCCCUGCCUUCCAGGAGUUGCUACGAUGGUCGUUUCCCGUGGACUUCCUGUUCAGCUCAUCUCUCGAUGACAUCUGGCAGGAGUGGGUACGUUUUGAAACUGCUAAGAGGGUGUUGUCUGUAUUUUACCUACAUGAUUGCUGUCAGGCAAUCUUCUUUGCCACCCCGCCCACUGGCUGUCUGUCAGCCAAUCUAUGUCUCCCGUGUGAACCUGCAUUGUGGAAUGCACGGACUUCACAGGAAUGGUACGCAUGUUUGCAGCAGCCAUCCCGUUACGGCUCUCCCGCAAGUCGUUUAAAGGGCCUUGACCUUCAGCAAGCCUGGUCUAGCUUGGUAGAACAACGACCACCCGCGGUUACCACUUAUACCUCGGCUUUUGGCCAUUUCAUUCUUGUGCACUGUGCACUGGCUCAAAUAUUCAUCCGAGUGGACAGUGGGACGGACAACGGAGCCGGUCUUCCCGUAUGCUUCACGAAAACGGGGUCAGAAAUCGACACACCGUUAGCCAUUCACACUAUGCGCAACGCGUUGCACAAUUGGCUACUAAAUUGGCAGUACGAGGCGCUCCAGUGUCAUGGUCCAGAGUCUCCGACGAAACUGGUUUUUGCUGAAGACGCACUUCCCUUCUAUUGGCUCUGUCAAAUCUCGUUAUUCACAUUUUGUGAGGGGAAGGGAAGAGGACCAACUGUCAAUCCCGAUGUCCGGUUCCAGCUAGUCAAAGAAUGGCUUGAUCGUAUACGGGAGUGUUUAGGGACACAGCAAGCAGCGCCUGCUCAAUGCAUCAGCAGUCUCAUGAAACUUCGUCCGCAAUAUACUACGGUCAAUGUGGUGAAUCCUCCCAUAGAUCGUCCUGAUGGAUUACUUGAACUUUUCCCGACCUUGUUAUCAUAG